AUGAAAAUUAUUAUUCUUUGUUUAUUAUCUUUUGGCGUUCUAUCUCAAUUAUCUAAGCAAACAAUAACACACAAAGUGAAGAUAGGUGUUACUAUUGAUAACAGGAAGUAAGGAGAAAUCACUCUCGGUUUGUUCGGGAAUGUUGUACCUAGGACAGUCGAAAAUUUCAGAGCUUUAUGUACUGGCGAAUAGGCAGGAAAAAGCUAUGUGGGUUCACCAUUCCAUAGAAUUAUUCCUUACUUCAUGAUUUAGGGAGGUGAUUUCACUAAAGGAAAUGGUACUGGAGGAGAAUCAAUUUAUGGAAAAAUAUUUGAUGAUGAAAAUUUAGACUUAAAUCAUGAAGUUGGAUGCAUUUCAAUGGCCAAUGCAGGGCCAAAUACCAAUGGAAGUCAAUUCUUUAUUACAACUGCUGAUACUAAUUGGUUAAAUGGAAAACAUGUAGUUUUUGGCAGAGUCAUAGAAAAUAUGGAAUUAGUAAAAAAGAUUGAAUCUAAAGGAUAAUAAAGUGGAAAACCAAAGGCUAAAGUCAUAUUGUCAAGUUGCAGUGUUGAGGUUGUUUCAGAGGAUUUAUGACGAAUCAUAGUAAGGAUUUACAAUUAUGUUUUUAAUGAUAUAAUAAUAAUCUAUUUUCAUUAGAUAAUACUUAAUAACCUUAUGA